CGUGCUGAAGCGACUCUCGACGACGAAUGUUCGAGACAACGGCUCUUCGUCUUACAGCCAAGCCCCGCCUCCGCCCCCACCUCCACCAAAGAUCCCAACGCCUUCCAAUUCUUCUUCUCCACCACAAACAUGUCAGCGUCGCAGUCCAGUCCCAAGGAUAUUCCUUCGGCCAGGUUCACUGAGCGACGAACAAGCCCACGGCAGAAUGUAGAAUCCGGCUAUACCCGGCCGUCGAAGCCUGCAAGCGCGCCGGUACCAGUCGGCGAGGAGACUACAUUGGAAAAAAUCUGGGGUCGUUUAUUUGACGAAGCCGGCCACCCAACCGCCAGACUAGGGGAGUUUUUACGAGGAUUGGCGGUACACUUGAUUGAGGAUUAUGAGCCCAAGAAGAGUCUCGUCGUUACUCCGGUCAAGAUGGCCAAGUUCUAUGAUGCAGUGCAGCUCAAGGAUGACGUCUUCAACUGGCAGAUGAUCUUCCAGAAGAUGUCGAACUCAGAUAUAUCGCAUCUAUACCGGGAUCUUGGUUGUCAGCACCAUCUCGUACAAGAGCGACAUGAUGAGGCACCCCAUGUACCAGGCCUCACACCUCACGGCUUCGAGCGUUGGAUGACUUUAUUGAUUCAAGUACAGCCAGACGAUGAGCAUGAGCGCUUGGCCAAAGCUGUGCUCAAUAUGCCCAUCAGCAAUGCAGAUAAGCCGACGGAGAGGUUCCCUAAGGAGAUCUCACGCCGCUUAUUUCCGGCUGAGCCUGAUCCUCAGACGAGGGAUCGCUUUGAGCGGACCGUCAAAAUUAACAGCGAGUCGUCUCGGGCGCCGCCAAAGGGAUCAUCGAGCUAUGAAUCACCAUUACCACCACCACCACCUCGAACAUCUGGCGAACCAAAAGUAAAACCAGUUCCUCCGCCGCCAUCUACCAUGCCUCCUGGGUUUGAAGAGCGCGAGCGAAAGCCCUAUGGCAAGACCCCGGCCACUACCAGCCUCUCCUCGGCGCCCGUUUUCGAGACGUCAAUUGACGGUAACGAGACCGAUGCACCGGAGCAGCUAGCACAGCCGCUUGAGCGGGAACGGAAGCCAUAUAGCGCAGCCCCAGGCGGCGGUAAAUUGUACGAUGACACGAUCAAGUCCCGACCUGGACGGGCAAAUUCGACCAGUAGUAAGACUCGACCCGUGCCCAUAAACACUAGUGGCGGAAGAGCAGGGGAAGUUCCCAUUCCUGAAGCCCCUCCGGCACGCAAUUCGACAAGCGCACAUCCUCCACAUCUGGGAGGAGGACAACGUCGUCCACGUACGCCCUCAAUUGGAACUCAUGAUUACCGCCAUUCCGAGGGUGACCUACUUGGGUACCAAGCAACGGUGCCCUUUGAUUUGGAUGAAGACAACAGGCGGUAUGCGCGCGAGGCGGAACGGCGUAACAAUGAAUGGGCGCGAAAGCAAGCGGAAGAGGAAGCGCGUAUAUACGAAAGCCCACGGGACCGCGAACGGUAUGACCGCGCGAGCGACUUCGGCCCGCGAAGGGGUUAUGAAGAUGAUUGGUAUCGUGGUGCAAGUGGUGGCCGGGGCAGUGGCAGUGGCAGUGGCUACGAAUACUCUGCACCCUAUCCUCCAUCGUACCGUUGAUAUUUCUCAAAGCGGCCUAGGUCGAGUGAUUUUGUAUAUGUUCAGCGGUCAAGGGCGAUUAACCAGUUUUCCUUUAUUAAGGUCCUUCAUUGGACUCUGACGAGCUAUUUCUCCGUUGGCGAUGGUUAUGAUGAUAUGAAACAUGGCGUUUAAUGAAUUUUUGCUCCUUCCUCUUUUCCCUUUGAUAUUCGUCCUCGUCGUCUUUGUCCCUUAUUCAUCUGGUGUUGAUGCAAGGUCGAUCAUUGCUGGUUCAAGUCUCGGGGGCAUUGGGCAAGUACAUGGGACAUACGGAACAGAUUAUCAUAUCUUAUACCAUUGCAUUGACUAUCGAUAUUUUAAGACCAUGAUUAUCGUGUGUUAGAAGCUGUCUUCUGAUCAUUUUCGGCGAAAUAUAUGCGUGACGAGUGAAACUUUUGGAGAUGUGGCGUGUGCUUGCUCCGAUGUCGUUGCGGUCGGCAAGUCCCGGGGACUGCACGCUCACCUGAGCGAAAAAGUACUG